AUGCCUCCAAAGCCGAAAAAGUCCGGCCCCGUUGAGGUUGGCAGCAGCGCCGCAAAGGUCGCCGCCCCCAAAGCAGCGCCAAAGAAGCGAACUGCAUCAGCCAAAUCCAAAGAGAACGAAGCGCCACAAGAUGGCAAUCCAAAUCAGCCAAAGGCAUCUGAGGGUAAGACACAUUCUACAACUUCAAAAGCGGCCCCCAAGCAGAAGUCGGUCGUGGCUGGAGAUGACCUCGAUGCUCUGCUCCGGCCGUUCUACUACACCAAGCGGCUCACGGACCCGAUCAACACCGCCAAAGACAAAUGGAACCUGCUUCCGGCAUUUCUGCGAGUGAAGGGCCUGAUCAAACAGCACACGGAUUCUUUCGAUUACUUUACGGAUGUGGAACUCAAGAAGAUCCUCAAGGCAAAUGAAAUGAUCGUUUCAGAAGCAGAUGAGAAGAAAUGGAUCCGCUUCACCGAUAUUCGAGUGGGCAAGCCCUGCCGUACGGAAGACACCCGAGGUGGAUGGGUCCAAACCGAAGUGACACCCAACGAAUGUCGGCUGAGAGACAUGACCUACGCCGCGCCAAUCUAUGUCGACUUCGUGUAUCCAAGGCAAUCUGGCAACGUGAGAAAGACGGACGUUCUCAUCGGACGAAUGCCUAUGAUGCUGAGGAGCUCCAAGUGUGUUCUUAACGGCCGCUCUGAGUCUGAAUUGGCAUGGCUCAACGAAUGUGCUGUCGACCCUGGAGGCUACUUCGUCGUGCGAGGGCAGGAAAAAGUCAUCCUCGUACAGGAACAGUUGAGCAAGAACAGAAUCAUUGUGGAGUCUUUCAAAGGCGUUAUCCAGGCAUCCGUCACUAGCCACACGGCCAACGUCAAGACUAAAACCUAUGUCCUCGUGAAGAAGAACCUUCUGUACGUCAAGCACAACUCGCUCAGCGAGGACAUCCCUGUCGCGAUCAUGUUGCGCGCAAUGGGUGUGCAAUCAGAUCAUGAGAUUCUCUUGUUGGCGGCAGGAAAUGAUGCUCAGUAUCAGGACGAGUUCGCGCAGAACCUCGAGUUUGCGGCACUCGAAGGGGUUUUCACACAAGAGCAGGCUCUCGACUACAUUUCAAGCCGUCUGAAGCCAGAACGGUUUGGUGGUCCAAGGGGCGAUGUUCGAACACCAAAACAGAAGGCUCUGGAGAAGCUCGCUGGCACCAUCAUCCCCCACGUAGAGGUCGAGGGUAUGAACUUCCGACCAAAGGCACUCUACGUUGCUUUCAUGACGAGGAGGGUUCUGAUGGCGAUCAACGACUCCAAACUUGUCGAUGACAGAGACUACGUUGGUAACAAGCGCCUGGAACUUGCUGGUCAGAUGCUUGCUUUGCUCUUCGAAGACCUAUUCAAGGACUGCACGAGGAUGAUCAAAAUCAACAUGGAUAAAGUGCUAAAAAAGCCGAAUCCAACCCAAGAAUUCGAUCCCGUCAGAUUUGUCGAGCAAUGCGAUACUCGCAUCACCAGUGGCAUGGAGCGAGCGAUCUCUACUGGCAACUGGACACUCAAACGUUUCCGUAUGGACAGAGCUGGUGUCACCCAUGUUCUGAGCAGGCUCAGUUACAUCAGCGCCCUUGGCAUGAUGACCAGAAUUACCAGCCAGUUUGAGAAGACGCGCAAAGUUUCUGGGCCACGUGCCUUGCAGCCAUCACAGUUUGGCAUGUUGUGCACAUCAGACACCCCUGAAGGCGAGGCCUGCGGUCUGGUAAAGAACUUGGCCCUCAUGACACAUAUCACAACAGCGGAUGACGAAGCACCGGUGAGGAAGAUGGUAUACGUUCUUGGUGCUGAAGAUGUGACAUCAGCUUCUGGAACUGAAAUAUACACCAAUGGUGCAUACAUGAUUUUCAUCAACGGUACGCCAGCGGCACUCACAAGACAACCCAAGCAAUUCCUCAAUGGGUUCCGAAAGUUCAGACGGAUGGGUCGAAUCUCGGAGUUCGUCAGCAUCUUCAUCAACCACCAUCAUAAUGGUGUGCACAUCGCCACGGAUGAAGGGCGAGUAUGUCGGCCGUUGAUUGUUGUGGAGAAAAGCAAGUCGAAGGUCACCUCACGCUUCUUGGAGUCUCUCCGCAAGGGCACAAUGGACUUUGACGAUGCCCUCUCUCGAGGAAUCGUCGAGUACUUGGAUGUCAACGAGGAGAACGACUCGAACAUCGCUGUCUACGAAAAGGACAUCGAUGAACAUACUACUCAUCUCGAGAUCGAGCCCUUCACGAUCCUUGGCGCUGUCGCCGGCUUGAUCCCUUACCCUCACCAUAACCAGUCGCCGCGUAACACGUAUCAAUGCGCUAUGGGUAAGCAAGCAAUUGGCGCAAUUGCCUACAACCAGUUCACACGCAUCGACACGCUACUCUACCUCAUGGUUUAUCCGCAGAAGCCAAUGGUCACCACACGGACAAUCGAGCUUGUUAAGUAUGACAAACUGCCGGCCGGACAGAAUGCUGUCGUCGCAGUCAUGUCUUACUCAGGCUACGAUAUCGAGGAUGCCCUCGUCCUGAACAAGGCCUCCUGUGAUAGAGGAUUUGGGCGUUGCCAAGUCUUCAAAAAGAUCAGCAUGCCUCUGAAGGCAUACGGCAAUGGCUUCGCUGACAGACUGGGAGACCGAGACCCGAACAACACAAAGCAUCGCAAGAUAGGGAGAGACGGUCUUGUAGAGGUGGGAUCAGAGCUCGAAAACACAGACGCCUACAUGCUGAAGGAGCAGCCGAUGAACCAAGCUUCGUCGAUCGGUGCAAGAGAUCAGAAGUGGUCUGCAAUGCACAUGUUAUACAAACUACCAGAUCCAUGCUUUGCCGACAAAGUCAUGAUCACCGCGAACGAGUCCAACACAACCAUCAUCAAGAUCCAAACGCGGCAGACACGGCGACCAGAAAUUGGCGACAAGUUCUCCUCUCGCCACGGCCAAAAGGGUGUCGUUGGCCUUCUGGCUGAACAGGCGGACAUGCCAUUCUCCGAUUCAGGCGUGGUUCCAGACAUCAUCAUGAACCCGCAUGGUUUCCCAUCUCGUAUGACUGUUGGAAAGAUGCUUGAGCUUGUCUCUGGCAAAGCCGGUGUUCUUGCUGGCAACCAAGAGUAUGGCACGGCAUUUGGCGGUAGCAAAGUCGAAGACAUGGGUGCUAUCCUCGUCAAGCACGGCUUCAGCUACUCCGGCAAAGACUACCUCACCUCCGGCAUCACCGGUGAGCCCUUGCCGUUGUACGUCUUCUUCGGACCCAUCUACUACCAGAAGCUUAAGCACAUGGUCCAAGACAAAAUGCACUCGCGUUCCACUGGACCUCGAGCCAUCCUGACGCGACAGCCAACAGAAGGUCGUUCGCGACAAGGUGGUCUGAGAUUGGGAGAGAUGGAGCGUGACUGCUUGAUUGCCUACGGUGCAAGCCAGCUUCUCCUGGAACGUCUCAUGCUCAGCUCGGACGCUCAUGAAGUGGACGUGUGCCAGCAAUGCGGCAUGAUGGGAUACAAGAACUGGUGCCAAACCUGCACAAGCAGUCGAACAGUCGUGCGCAUGACAAUGCCGUACGCUGCGAAGUUGCUGAUUCAGGAGUUAACGAGCAUGGGCAUCAAGGCUGCUCUGAAGCUAGAGGACGAAUACCCAAGGGAGGCAUGA